UCAACGUCCUCGAGAUCACGUUUGCUAUUUCCGGUCAAAGUUGAAAGCAGGGAAAGCCGGUACCCGGCACGAAAACGUCUAAAUCCAAAUAGUGGGUUUUGAAGCUGAUACUCACAUGAUUGUCACCUGUAUAGCAGAAUAGAAUUUCCAUUGAGUUCACAGUUUGUAACGCUCUGUCCAACAUGUCGUCUGCCCAACUGACCAGACUUGUGCAUAACGGAGUGCUGUAUCCUGGUGCCGUCACCAGAGAAAUCCUCGAGGCCAUGAAAACCUUCCAGACUCGGGAUGACGAUAUCGUCAUUGCUAGCUACGCCAAGACAGGCACGAACUGGACCCUUGAGAUCGUGACACAGAUACUGCAGGCCGCGGGGCGGACAGCCGCCAGCUCUGACGACCACAUCAUCGGCAAGCUGGAGUUCCACUAUCCCGAGAACCCCCACCCCUCACACGUGCUACUGGAGGACGCCCCCUCCCCACGGGUCAUUCUCACCCACCUCACCCCCAGGACGGCACCCCCCGGGAUAACCAACCCACGGGGCAAGGAGAAGAUUCUGGUAGUGAUGAGGAACCCAAAGGACGUGGCGGUCUCCUUCUAUCACUUCACCUUGAAGCGGCGAGGAAAGAAUGCUGGCGAACUUUCAUGGCCUAAAUUCUGCCAAGACUUUCUUGAUGGGAAAGAGAUCCACGGCAGCUUCUUUGAUCACGUGCUGUCCUGGUGGCAGAAGCGCGACGACCCCCACUUCAUCUUCCUCAAGUUUGAGGACAUGAAAAAGGACAUCAACAGCGAGGUGAAAAAAAUCGCAAAGUUCCUGGAAGCUGAACUAGACUCCGCCACCAUCGCGGACAUCGCGGAAAGAUGUACAUUCGAGGGUAUGAAGGCAACCCUGGACAACUCCCGGUAUGCCGACAGGAGGGUCAUGGCUAGGAAAGGAAUUGUCGGUGACUGGAAGAACUACUUCACGGAUGAACAAAACCAAGCCUUCGAUGCCGUGUACGAGGAGAGACUGAAAGGGACUGGUCUGGAGUUUGAAUUUGAAUAGAUUACGUUUCCAAACGAUCUUUACAUAACUAGGAAUGUAUUUGUUACGAUGCACGGAAAAGGUCGGUGGAUGAUGAUAAUGUUAUGUCUAGGGAUGAACUUUGUUGAAUCCCUCACAUCACAAGGUCAGUUUUAAGAAAAUAGUUUUGGUAACAAAAUAACUAAUUAAAGAUCAAGCGAUGCUGACUGUAGAUUCGGUAUACGUGUCAAAUACACUUUCUGAGAUUGUGUAUCAUCAAUUCAAGAAAGCAGGUUGGUAUAUGAAACGAGCUGUAGAAUGCAAAGCGCUACUUGUUUCCUAUUCACUCAUGAUAGAAUAGAUAUUCGUUCUUGUGCCAUAUACUACAGUACAAACUAAAGAGCCCCUGAGCGAUCAUUCUAACCUUGUACUGUUGAUUAUUGGAUAAUAGAACGUAUAAACAGUUUAGAUUAUCAUACAGGGGGGAUAAGAAAACUGGCAAAGACACUUGUGUAAGAAAAGCUCGAAGAUACAGUUAUGCGUUCAGAAUAUUUUUAUUAGAAAUCAAACUCAAAAGAUACAACGAAAAAGUAAAAUUCUCAGUUGUCUCGUGGAUGUACACACAUAUGCAAAUUGGAUUUGAAUGUAAAAUACAUUUUACACAGUGGUGUGAAACAUGACCGCAAUUUUCUUCAAAAUUUUCACAAUUUACUUAACAUUUUUUCUUUACACUACAAUUUGUUGAGCUUGAGGAUUAUACAAUCGUUCUACAGAGAUGAUGCAACAAUAAUUCAACAAACGCCUU